AUGGCGAAAAAGAAGAACACUCCCGCAGCCACACCGGCGCCGGCCGCCAACAAAUCGGCAGCAACCAAAUACAACAACAAAAAAGACACAAAACCCAAAGGAGCCCCCCCCGAAGGCGACUUUAUCGUCUUCACCAACUCCGACAAGGACCCCAAAUCCCGUCGCGGCGGCGGUGGUCCCUCUGCCAACCCCGGUUCCGGUUCCGCCUCCGGCACCAACCCCGGCGCCCCCGAAUCCCUCGAACCCCCCCGCCCAACAGCCCGCCAACUCAUAGGCGGCGCCUCCUGGACCGGCAAACUCCCCGUCAAUUUGUUGUCAGAACACUGCCAAAAACAAAAAUGGGAACGCCCCGACUACUCCACCCACAAACUCCCCUCCUCCUCCUCCUCCUCCUCCGAAGGCGACACCGCCGGCGGGCAACAAUUCUCCGCCCUCGUAACCCUCUCCGCCAAAAACCCCAAAACCGGCUCCAUCACCCGCCUGCCCCCCUUCAAACUCCCCCCCUCACACCUCCAUCUAAUCACAAAACCGACAGCGCUAGAGGCGCGGCAUGUAGCAGCGACGUAUGCGCUAUUCAGGGUGUGUAGUAUGAAAAACUUGGGCAUGGCGCUGCCGCCGGAUUAUAGGAGUUUGUGGAAGGAGUUUGGGGAGUUGAAGAGGGUGGAUGUGAAAGAGGGGAGGGGGUGGAUGUAUGAGGCGGAUCCGUUUUUGGCGGCUAGGGAGAGGGAGGAGGCGAGGGUUGUGGCGGAGAAGAAGAGGGUUGCGGAGAGGGCGCAGGCGCAGAAGGCUGCUGAGGAGAGGGAGAAGUUUGGGGGGGCGGCGUUGGCGUUUAGGGGUGGGGGGAAUGGUUCGGGAGGGGGUGGAUCAGGGGGAGGAGGGCCGGGGACGCAUAGUAAUGUUAUGCGCGGGUGGACGACGGCGCCGAAAAUUGAGAUGGGGAAUAAGACGCGGGCGCAGUUGGAGGAUUUGUUACGGCGGGAAACGGUGUGGAAUCCGCACGGGGUGGUUAUGCCGGCCGCACAAAAACAGAACAUCGUGCGGGAGUUGGCCGACCUCGGGUUCCGGGCGAGUCAUGUGGAGGAGGCGGUGGAGGUGUGUAAAGACCGGGAGGAGACGCUGGGGUGGCUGCUGGUGCAUAUUCCCGAAGACGACCUACCGCGGUGGGCGCUGCCGGAGCGGUAUACGGCGGGCGUUACGGUGGCUGCGACAGACCUCAAAAGGGAGGGGGCGAUUAAGAGGUUGGCCGAGUGUGGGUAUUCGGUGGAUUUGUGUCGGCGGAUGUUGGAUGGGCAGGGGGGGGAUGAGGGGAAGGCGGCCGAGGGGUUGCAGCGGUUGUUGGUGUCGAGUGGUGUUGAGGGAGAACAAGGAGAAGGUGAAGAGGAAGAGGAAGAGGUUGACUCGUGGCACACACCGGAUGAGAGCUGGGACGAGGAGAUGGCUACGCUUGAAGCUAGUUUCGGCGAGCUGUACACCCGCAUAUCGCCUGAUGUGUGCCAGAUCCGUCUGGAGGGUGUCGUCGAUGGGCCGAAGCAGCAAAAGAAGGCACAGACCCAGACCGAGAUCGAAACACACCUGCAGUUCCGCAAGACGCCGCGGUACCCGGCGCAGGUGGUACUCUCAUUAGUAGCGCCCUCGCUGCCGGCGUACAUCAAGCUGAGCGUGGUCAAGCGGGCGCUGGCAUAUGCGCACGAGUCGCUGCGCGGGGAGGAGGCCAAGAUUUACUACCUCAUCAGCUGGGUACAGGAGAACAUCAACGAGAUCAUCGAGCGGCCUGGGGCGCUACGCGAUGUGGCUGCUGUCUCGUCCGCGGCGUCAGAAGAGCCGGUUUCUGCUGCUACGGCUACGCGGACGUCGAAGAACCGAUCGAAAAACCAGAGAGCCCCCCGACCGAUCAACUGGACCCCCAACCCACAGAGCACUGCCGACUGGCUCGCGCGAACAGCCGCCCCCGCCUACAAAAAGAUGCUCGCCCAGCGCGAGAGACUCCCCGCCUGGCAAGUGCGCGCCGAAGUAGUCCGCACAGUAGCCGAGAACCAAGUGACCAUCAUCUCAGGCGAGACAGGCUCCGGCAAAUCGACCCAGUCAGUCCAGUUCAUCCUCGACGACCUGUACAGCCGUGGUCUAGGCCCCGGCGCCAACAUCAUCGUCACCCAACCGCGGCGUAUCUCUGCCCUGGGCCUGGCCGACCGCGUCGCCGAGGAACGGUGCACGCCCGUCGGCCACGAGGUCGGCUACACCAUCCGCGGCGAGAGCAAGACCAGCCCGCAACACACGCGGAUUACCUUUGUCACGACGGGUGUGCUGCUGCGGCGUCUGCAGACGUCCGGCGGGAAGGUGGCUGAUAUCGUAGCUUCGCUGGCGGAUGUUAGUCAUGUGGUUGUUGAUGAGGUGCACGAGCGCAGUUUGGAUACGGACUUUUUGUUGAGUAUUGUGCGUGAUGUGCUGUACCAGCGUCGGGAUUUGAAGCUGGUGCUGAUGAGUGCUACGCUGGAUGCUGCGUCGUUUCGGGAGUACUUUAUGGCUGAUGGGAAGGGGGUCACCGUGGGGUUGGUGGAGAUUGCGGGAAGGACGUAUCCUGUGCAGGAUUAUUAUCUAGAUGAUGUGAUCCGGAUGACGGGGUUCCGGGGGAGUGCCGGUGGUCAUUAUAACAAUUCCCGGUUUGACUCGUACGAGGACAAGGACACGGACACGCUAGCAGACAAGAGCAACGCCAGCGACGACCCCAUCAACAAGAUCAUCCAGAAACUCGGCGGCCGCAUCAACUACGACCUGCUCGCCGACACCGUACGUGCUAUCGACGAGGAGUUGGCCGCCACUCACAACCCUGGCGGUAUCCUCGUCUUUUUACCAGGCGUCGCCGAGAUCAACCGCGCCUGCAGCAUCCUCCGUUCACCCUCCUCCUCAUCUCUCCACGUCCUCCCCGUCCACGCCUCACUCGAAACCCGCGAACAGCGCAAAGUCUUCGCUCCGGCCCCCCCAGGCCGCCGCAAAGUCGUCGUAGCCACCAACGUCGCCGAAACCUCCAUCACCAUCGACGACAUCGUCGCCGUGCUCGACACCGGCCGCGUCAAAGAAACCUCCUUCGACCCAGCCAACAACAUGCGCAAGCUCGAAGAAACCUGGGCUUCCCUGGCCGCCUGCAAACAACGCCGCGGUCGUGCCGGCCGUGUCCAAGCAGGCACCUGCUACAAACUCUACACCCGCCACCUCGAACAAUCCCAAAUGCAAGCCCGCCCGGAACCUGAAAUCCGCCGCGUGCCUCUCGAACAACUCUGUCUCGCCGUUCGCGCUAUGGGUAUCCGCGAUGUUGCGUCGUUCCUCGCGCGGGCUCCCACCCCGCCUGAGGCUACAGCCGUCGAGGGAGCUGUCUCCUUACUCCGCCGCAUGGGCGCCCUCGACGGCGACGAGUUAACCGCUCUCGGUCGCCAACUGGCCAUGAUCCCCGCGGACCUGCGCUGCGGCAAACUAAUGGUCUACGGCGCUAUCUUUGGGUGUUUACCCGAGUGCGUCACCAUCGCGGCUAUUCUCAGCACCAAGAGCCCGUUUGUCUCGCCGGCAGACAAAAGAGACGAAGCCAAGCAAGCCAAGAUGCGGUUUGCACGGGGCGGGGCCGUGGGAGAAGGGGAUUUGUUGACGGAUUUAAGGGCAGUCCAGGAAUGGGAUGCGAUGAUGGCUGAUCGCGGGGUGCAGCAACGACACGUGCGACAGUGGUGCGAGGAGAACUUCUUGUCCUUCCCCACGCUAUCCGAUAUCUCCUCCACACGCACACAGUACUACACCGCUCUCUCCGAGAUGGGCAUUUCCCCCUCUGCCUCUCCCUCCUCUCAACCGUCUCCCUCUUCUCAACCAUCACCCUCACAAGCAUCCCCCCCCCUCCUCCGCGCCCUAACAGCCUCCGCCUUCGCCCCACAACUCUGCCGCAUCCAAUUCCCCGAGCAGAAAUUCGCUACCUCGGUCUCGGGCACAGUGGCAUUGGACCCAGAAGCCAAGACGAUCAAGUAUUUUGCGCAGGACCAUGGACGCGUGUUCGUGCACCCGUCGAGUACGCUUUUUGAUAGCCAGGGGUUUGGCGCGGGGAAUGUGGCGUUUGUGUCGUAUUUUACGUUGAUGGCUACGAGUAAGGUUUUUGUGAGGGAUUUGACGCCAUUCAACGCCUACACCCUCCUCCUCUUCACAGGCCCCAUAACCCUCGACACAGCCGGCCGCGGUCUUCUCGUCGACGGCUGGCUGCGGCUGCGCGGCUGGGCCCGUAUUGGUGUUUUAGUCUCGCGUUUGAGAGGGGUUAUUGAUCGGUUGAUUGCACGGCGGGUUGAGGGGACUACUGCUGCUGGUGCUGGGGGAGACGGGAAGGAAGGGAGUGGGGAGGAGGUGAUUAGGUUGGUGACGAGGUUGGUGGAGUUGGAUGGGUUGGAUGCGUAG